UACGGAUUUUGCAUAGCGCAAAGUAUAACUAUUUUCCGAUGUCAGCACAAUCUACACUCGUGGCGAAUUCGUUGAAUCUAGACGGCCGCGCCGCCGCCGCAGUUCACCGUAGUUUCUUCGAUACUCCGGUGGAAUCGACGCCUCACAGCCUCAGCACUCUUCAAUCUUCCAACUGUUCAGGCAAUUUCACCGAGGAAGCCAAUAAUUCUACAAUCAUCAGCGCUUCAAUUCCCGUUGAAGAAAGUAUCCACAGCGACGCCGUCCAGGCGUCCGGUGCACAUGAAGCCGUCUUAUCAACCAUCGCAGAGAUUGGUGCGGCGAGAAUCGAGGAAAAAGAGCGAGAAGAAGUGCAGGUUAACUGUUCGACGAAAUGCGCGAGUGAAGAAGUUCCGACGAUCGACCACACUGAACUUAUUAACAACGAUGAGAAUGGCGGUAAGAGGAAUUGGAAGCAGCAACAGGUCAAGGAGAAGAAGCCUAGACGAAGGGGGGGAAAGUGUAGGAGAAACAAUUCGGGGUUGAUGAACUGUUAUCCUGUUGAAAGGAGGGAAAAGAAGGGGUUGGUGUAUUCGAGAGGGGAGUUGGAGGCUCUGAGGUUUGAUAUGAUUGAUGAACAAAAGAAGAAGUGGUUUGAGAUUUAUUGCAGGCUUGGUCCGGCGGUGGUGGAUGAGUACGAUGGACUGCUCAAAUCGGAUACUGCUCGUGAGAAAGAUAGCAUCCCAGGGUUCGACUUUGAUCCUCGCCCUCAGUUUCAGAAAUAUGCUAAUUUGGGUGAAGUGUGCCCAAAAGUUGAAGGUGAUCACCUUGAUAACUUGAACGAGUUAGAUCCUUCCUCUUUUCCUCCUGUUAGCGAUGAAAGAGGGUCAUCGGCAGUGGAAGAAGACUAUUGCGAAGAUGAUGAUAGUGAUGAAGAGUACAGUAUUCAGAGACCUGCCUUUUCUGUCACAGGAGAACCUGACUUUGACUCUGGCCCUCCGCUGGAUGGACUUGAAUAUCUUAGGCGUGUAAGGUGGGAGGCUGCUAGAAUUCCCAAGGUAAAAGUUGUAAAGGUCAAUAAAGUCAAAGAACAGAGUGUGUAUAUGCCUCAAAUUCCCGAUGUUAUCAAGUGCCCCGAGAAAUUGUUGCCUCUCAAACAGUGGGAAGACAGUUUUCUUUCUGAUUUUUCACAGCUGAGAGAGGCUUUUGCGCGGCUAGACCUUGAAGACCCCAGUGCAGAAACAUCAGCGAAAGAGGAAUUUUUGAAUCAGAUGGUUGAGAGUGAUAACACCUCUGAGAAAUAUGUCAGCUUAGAAUUUAUAGAUGGUUCUUGCAUCUCGGAGACUAGUGAUGCCAAUUCCAGCCCAUCUUCUCCUCAAAGCUCCAUUGAUCUCCCCACCCUCUCUGCAAUUCUGAAGAUGGAUUCUGCCGCUCGAACUUCUCUACUGAAGAAACGAGUGAACUCUGUGUUGAAUGUAGACAUGUUAGCAUACAAGGAUAGUUUAUGGUUGUUUGCUCUUUGUGUAGCACUAGAUUGCCCCCUCCACGCCGACACAAGUGCAGCCCUUCGUUCAUUACUGCGAAAGUGUGCAAGCUUGCGAGCUGCGAAAACAGAGGUAGACGAUGAAGUUAUUGCUCUCAACAUCCUUGUCACGAUAACAGGCAAGUAUUUUGGACAGCUAGAGCGAGAAUGAAUGAGUUUUUGCCUCUCACAAUGUUUGCUUCUUAGAUGGAUGGAUGCAUAUAUUGCUUUUGUUAUCACUAUCUAGACGUGGAUUAUGAAGAUGCAAGCUCACUGCCCAUUCACUUUA